UAAAUAUAGAUGUACUUAUAUAGCAAUUCAUCUGAAAAGUAUACUAUGUUAUCUUUGGAUCCCAACAAAAAAAAACCAUAGAUAUAAAAAUUAAAUCAAUGUCAACAUUGCUUCUGACAAUUCCUUUUAAUAUCUGAUAAUGCAAAAUAGUUAUUUCCUUUAGAGGAUAUAAGAUAUUUAACAACUAAAUUUUAAAAUGAAAAAAUGGCUGGUAAAUCUACAGAACGCAAGGGAAAAAGCAAAGAACCGAAACCUGCUAUAAAUGAAACUACGGAUACACUAGCGACAUUCACACUGCCUGACAGUCUACCUUGUUCUGAAGUGGAAUUCCCAGUGCUGAUAAAGAAGAAGACCAAAACCAACUGGCUCGAGAUUUUGGAAGAAAGCAAUAAUAAGAUAAGAGAAAUAGAGGAAUAUACAGAGAGCAAAAAACAACCGAUACCAAAAGCGCCAUUUCAAAAAACAGAAUGUGACUAUAUAAAGAAUGAGGUUUUUGUUUAUCUUAUGCCCGCUUUAGAAGAAACCCUAUGCAAAGCAAAAAUAUGGGGUGCGCUUGUAAGGCAGAAAUGUUUUUUCAAUGGAAUAGACCAUAUUGUUCAAGUCUUAUGGAACAAUAAUCCUCGUUAUCCAGAACGCAAAGACCAAAAUUUGCAUUUAUUUAAUAUGCCGUGGAUCCGAAAACACCUUAAAGAAAACCCACGGCCCUAUUACCCAAAAUCUUGGUUAUGGCCCGAAGACUACGCUGCCACGUUAAUACAAAAGACUGUGCGCCAGUAUUUUGUACAACGUGAGGAUGAAGUGCAAGAGAUGCGCGACUUUUGGAGGAAACUGGAGGUGGAACGUUUUAUCCCUGAUAUGGAUACAAAUCCAUAUUUAUGCAAAAAGUUUGCAUCACUCCAAACCUUCCGUAAGAACUAACCACUGAAAUAAUAUUAUCGUUUAAUUAGUUUUUAAUUAUUU